AUGGAUUAUAGAACUGAAAGAGUUCUGAAGAAAUUCUAUUUUAGCUCUUGGAAUACUGGACCAGAUGUUUGCAUUCCUAUAUUUGUCAUGACUACUCCAUUGAAGGAACAGUUAUUUGAAACUAAAGAGUUAACAAAUCAGACAAAUAUCAACAAAUUCAUUCUGCUUGGAUUUGGAAAUCAGAAAAUCCUACACAUUCCUCUCUUCCUAGUGUUCCUCCUCAUCUACAUGGGGACCAUAGCUGGGAACCUACUCAUUAUUCUACUGGUUGUCCUUGAUCAACACCUCCACACUCCCAUGUAUUUUUUCCUGGGGAAUCUUUCAUGCUUGGAGGCCUGCUGCAGCUCAAACAUCUUACCACAAAUAUUAUCCAGCUUUCUUACUGGAAGCAAGGUGAUUUCAUUGAGGGCCUGCUUUGUACAGCAUUAUUUGUUUGGGUCUUUUGUAUCUGUGGAAUGUUACCUGUUAUCAGCAAUGUCCUAUGAUCGGUAUUUAGCUAUAUGCAAACCGCUCCGUUAUGUCACCAUGAUGAAUGGCAGAAUGUGUUUCAGACUGAUUGCCUGUUCUUGGAUUACUGGUUUUCUGGCAACUGCAGUAACACAGUUUAUCAUGUCUCAGUCAACUUUAUGUGAUAAUAAAAUUGAUCAUUUCUUUUGUGACACCUUCCCAAUUAUAGAAUCAUUUUGUGGUGACACCCAUGCCUUCAAACUGUUCCUUUAUGUUUUAAGUUCUAUAUUUACUUUUCCACCAUCUAUAUUAACUCUAACCUCUUAUGCUUUCAUUAUUUUAGCCAUAGUAAGGAUGCCUUCUACUAGAAGGAAGCAGAAGGCAUUUUCCACCUGUUCUUCUCAUCUUUUGGUAGUCAUUAUUUUUUAUGGUACACUGAUGAGCAUCUAUGCAAUACCAAAUACCAUAAAAGUGAGUGGUCUUCGUAAAGUGAUCUCUGUCAUCUACACCAUCCUAACCCCCAUGCUUAAUCCUAUUAUAUAUACUCUGAGAAAUAAAGAGGUGAAGGAUGCCUUCAACAGAUUUAUUUCCUUCCUCUUUCUUCAAAUUUAUAGAAAAAUCAGGUAUAAAAACAGUUGA